AAAACCUUGUCACGUAUCUUGACACCUUCAUCAUCCCAUUCCACAUUUUCAUUUUCAUCCAAGCCCUCCCCACCCUCCUCUCAGCUCUGCUUUCUCUCUUUGCCUCCAUGGAUUCCUGCAAUUCCUCUCUUCGCGGUUCCUCCUCUCCUUUCGAUUGCCUCAUCUUCGAUUUAGAUGACACUUUAUACUCUUCAAGCAUUGGAAUCGGUGAAGCUCUCAAGAAGAACAUCGAUGAUUUUCUUGUUGAAAAAUGCAGGUUCCCCGAGAGCAAAGCCUCGAGUCUCCGAGUUGAGCUUUUCAAAAAGUACGGCAGCUCCCUCGCCGGAUUACGGGCAUUAGGCUACGACAUCGAUGCUGACGAUUACCACAGUUUCGUGCACGGAAGGUUGCCUUACGAUCUAAUCAAACCCGAUCCUCAGCUACGAAACCUCAUUCGCAGCAUUUCGCAGAGAAAAAUCAUUUUUACGAAUUCGGACAGGAACCAUGCGGUGACGGUGUUGGAUCGUCUGGGGUUGAAGGGCUGCUUCGAACAGAUCAUAUGUUUUGAAACGAUGAACCCGAAGCUAGCCGAGUCGACUAGGCCGGACGAGUUUCCGGUGGUUCUGAAGCCGUCCAUGGAGGCCAUGAGGAUUGCGAUCGAAGCUGCUGAGGUCGAUCCUCGUCGAACGCUUUUUCUCGAUGACAAUGUCCGAAACGUCGCUGCCGGGAGAGCCGUGGGUCUACGCACCGUUUUGGUUGGAAAAACCGUCAAGAGCAAGGAAGCAGAUUUUGUGUUAGAGAAUGUGAAGAGCAUGGCACAAUCAAUCUCUGAAGUGUGGGUGGGCGGAUCGGACGGUAGUAAUCAACGAGUCAAUGGUACCAGAAGCGACAUCGAGGUGGAUUCCAUCCGGACAACCACCGCAGUUGUAGCUUAACUCAUCAGCAUCCGCCAUCCGGAUGUUUUCGUUGCUUGCUUGGGUUCUAGGGCGGUUGUGGUCAUGGGCUUUGGUCCCCAUUUAUGUACAUUCUGUCAAUCCUGUUGAUCUUGUAUAGUGUGCGCAUGAGUAUCGGUUGUGCACAUGGGCAUAUCCUAGAGUAUAUAUGCAAUGUACCAAUGAAUAAAAGUUCAAUUAUGCAAA